GUAAAAUUGAUUCAGUCCAUCACGGCCAACUAAUCACCUAGACCCUAUAUGCCGUCCUCUACAUUUUCCUUCAGUAUUCAAUUCAAUAUUUCAUGAUUAAAAGUUCAAAUAACAAUACUUUAAUCCAUUCCAUGAUCCAAAAUUAGACAUAUAAACCGUUCUCAGCCCACGCUAUAAAAUCAGCACGUCAGACAAUUUUCUUCACAAUUAACAGUGAUCCCGUGGAUUUUUCUCCAAGUUUCGUAUAAAUUCUAUCAAAAUCUUCAUAUAUUUCUGAAAGGGGAAAUGCCGAACGAAAUAUACGAGGAAGCCAUUGCAGGUCUGAACAAGCUUCUCAGUGAGAAAGGCGGGCUGGAGGUGGCAGCCGCCGAGAAGAUAAAGCAAUUGACUGCGGAGUUGGGGGGUGCUGCCGGAAAAGGGUUCGACCCGAUUGAGAGGAUCCGAACUGGGUUUGAGAUCUUUAAGAAAGAGAAAUAUGAGAAGGAUUCUGAUUUGUACGAGAAACUUAAGACAGGUCAAAGCCCUAAGUUCUUGGUCUUCGCCUGCUCUGACUCCCGAGUAUGUCCAUCCCAUAUCCUUAACUUUCAACCUGGGGAGGCAUUUAUGGUCCGUAACAUUGCCAACAUGGUUCCACCAUAUGACCCGUCGAAGUAUUCUGGAGUGGGGGCAGCCAUUGAAUAUGCAGUAUUGCAUCUGAAGGUGGAGAAUAUUCUGGUGAUUGGACACAGCUGUUGUGGAGGUAUAAAAGGACUGAUGUCCAUUCCAGAUGAUGGUACCACUCAAAGUGAUUUCAUUGAAGAUUGGGUCAAAAUUGGUAAGGCUGCCAAGGCUAAGGUGCAAGCAGAACGUGGCGAUUUGGAUUUCAAUGCACAAUGCGCGCACCUAGAGAAGGAGGCUGUUAAUAUAUCGCUUGGAAACUUAUUAACGUACCAAUUUGUGAGACAAGCAGUGGUGAACAAAACCCUUUCCUUGAAGGGCGGACAUUAUGAUUUCGUGAAGGGUUCUUUCGAGCUUUGGAAUCUCGACUAUAACCUCUCGCCUUCUUCAAUGGUAUAAGUUUUACUGAUCAUAUAGUUUAAAGGAUCGAUUUUCAUAUCUACAGUUUCUAUGAUGUAUAUGAUGUCAAGAGCAACCUCUGUGACAAAAAUAAGUUUCCUUAAACUUGUGCUGGUUUGAAAUAGGCCACGUUGUUUACUUAUAGUAUUGUAUAUUUGUAUCACACUUGUCUGUCUCUUGAGGUAUUAACACCCAAGACAACAUUUUCUUUCCACAGUAUGAAAAAUAAGCAAUUAAUUCCACUUUUCUUA